GGGUUUCCGUGGUCACCGUGAGUUCUGUUCGCCGUUUGUUUCCUGCUACAGAGAAGAGCGGUGUCGAGACUGACCGGGAAGGCUGAACAACACCACCACCUCCUCCAAUAACUACAGCAUACAAUGAAACUGUUCGCAAUAUCUCCAUCUCUGGAUAUCCGUUUCGCCGCUGUUAUAUUGCUGGUGAUGGGCCUCUCUACUCCGGGGCAAGCAGAAAUCGUCAGUCUGGACUCAUCCAACAUCGAUGAUGUCCUGAAUAAUGCUGGGGUAGCAUUAGUCAACUUUUACGCUGACUGGUGUAGAUUUAGUCAAAUGCUCCAUCCGAUCUUUGAGGAGGCGUCAAACAUCGUGCGGGAGGAGUUCCCUGAUACCAAGCAGGUGGUGUUUGCUCGGGUCGACUGCGACCAACAUUCCGACAUAGCUCAGCGCUACCGCAUCACCAAGUAUCCGACGCUGAAGUUGUUCCGCAACGGGAUGAUGAUGAAGAGGGAGUACAGGGGUCAGAGGUCGGUUACCGCCAUCGCUGACUUUAUCCGCCAGCAGCAGGUCGACCCUGUGAAGGAGAUACACUCAAUGGAGGAGGUCAAUACUAUAGAUAGAAGCAAAAGAAACAUUAUCGGAUACUUUGAACAAAAGGACUCUGAUAACUACCACACAUAUGAAAAAGUUGCCAACAUCCUCAGAGACGACUGCACCUUCUCCGCUGCGUUUGGGGCCGUGUCGGCGUCCGAGCGCUUCAGCGGAGACAACGUCAUCUACAAGCCCGUGGGCGAGGGCGUCCCUGACCUGGUCUACCUCGGCUCCCUCACCAACUUUGACCUGACGUACGCCUGGGCGCAGGACAAGUGUGUGCCUCUAGUUCGGGAGAUCACCUUUGAAAACGGGGAGGAGCUGACCGAAGAAGGACUUCCCUUCCUCAUCUUGUUCCAUCUUAAAGAAGACUCUGAAAGUUUAGAAAAGUUCCAGAAUGAAGUAACUCGACAGCUCAUCAGUGAGAAAGGGUCGAUAAACUUCCUUCAUGCGGACUGCGAUAAAUUCCGCCACCCUCUGCUCCACAUCCAGAAAACUCCGGCUGACUGUCCCGUCAUUGCCAUAGACUCGUUCAGGCACAUGUAUGUCUUUCCUGAUUUCAAAGACCUCACUAUUCCUGGGAAGCUAAAACAGUUUGUUUUGGAUCUUCACUCCGGAAAGCUUCACAGAGAGUUUCACCAUGGUCCUGACCCCACAGACAGCACACCUGGACAGGAGGCGGAGAAAGAGGUGGCCAGCAACCCUCCAGAGAGCUCGUUCCAGAAGCUGGCACCAAGCGAGACCCGCUACACCAUCCUCAGACGGGACCGCGACGAGCUGUGACCUAAGCAGCCCUGCAGGGAUCCUGAGACUCAAUGCCACGCCCCGGGGUCAGGGAGGGGUCAGGGUUGGGACAGGCCAGCGGGACAGAAGAGUAAUACCCAACACCCUUACUGGAAAAACGGAGAAGGAGGACGACAAAAAGAAGAAGGAGAGAGCGGCCCAUAACAUAUUGUUGGAGUAGCCUAUAUUUUCAUAACUGUUUGUCAUGCAAUUUUUAUUUUGAUUUAGGAGAACGGGGGAAUGAAGAAGAAAACGUGUGUGGGCGGGGGUCUGGGGCAUUUAGGACAUAAAAAGAGAAGUUUACUUUUAUUUCUUCGGAGGUUGUAAAUAUGUUUGUGCUACGUUGGAAUCACAAUGUUGGUCUAAAUUAAAUGCAGAGUUUUCUUUA